UAUAUGCAUAAUGAAGACAGUGCAAUUGGAUUAAAUGUAUCGAAUCAAGACGGCAAGUCAUGGCGUAUGUAUGGCGACAAGUACAUCUUCGACGAAAGGGAUAAAGAGAACAAGGAUUAUUGCAUCGAUGCCGUUCAAGCCUCCGUAAACGAGAUCUAUGAUGCCUAUAGGACUGGAGAGGCACCAUCUCCAGCUGAUUACGAGGCUUUGAAGAUUGUUCCAACGGUGAAAGACGAUCAAGAGUUGGCACCACUUUUUAGGCUCAAUGGAAAGACUCUCGAGAGACGCAAGGAUAUCAAAAAUAGGAGGGAGCGGGAGUUUACGACGGAUUUCACGUACAUUGGGACUAUCCGGGAUUGCGAACUCAGUGGCCUAUGGAAGUAUCCAAUAACGAUGGAGCCAAAGAAAUUUUCUAAAGAAGCUGAGGAAUAG